CGAGAAGAGUCUGUUAAGAGGUUCUCACCUUCCCGGCUGUGCUCUCAUUACCAAGAAAGACGCCGGUGUACUAGCAACACGCCGAGGCAUCUUUUAGGACACAGCUGCAGCUCCUCCUUAUUGGUCAGGAGGAUCGCGGUCUGGUGCGUAGCCUAUAACAUAACGUCGCGCGCUGGACACACACGAGCCUGCCGAAGAAUUCGCUGAGAAAAACCUUGUGGAUAUUUCAGUUGUUUGGAGAUUUAUCACUGUUUGGGUUUAUUUUACAUGCCAAAGCUGGGGGAACAGACUGGAACACAACACACUUUUGAGCGAAGCUUGAAAGUUUUCGCCACAAUAAUUGUUUUUGUUUUAAAGGUAACCGCCUGCGUAAAUGAGCGUCCAUGGCAUGUUUCGCUGACAACACAGCCUACUUGCGUUUCUGCCUGGCAUUUACCCAUCUAUGUAGCAUAUAGGAAGACUUUUGCUGCACGUCGGAAAGGGCAACAAAGAAAAAGAUCAAACAAAGAGAAAAGCGAGCCAUAUGUAGUGGACUUUCCUCUGGGAAUAUUCUCAUGAUAUCGACUGGAGAGAAGACGGACUGGCGGGUUUUAUUCUGACUCUCUGAGAGCGAGUAAAAGAAAGAAAGAAAGAAAGAGAGAGAGAGGGAGAUAAAGCUCUUUGAAUGCUGCCUUUAAUCUGCAAGCAGAACAAGCAGCGGUAGCCGAAGCGGCGGACCUGCUUCACCAUCCUCCUCGCCCGCUUCAUCCCCGGCUCUGCUCGUCUUGUCUCCCCACUUCUCUGACCACAGGUUAUCGGAUGGACCAGCACCCCAGCGCCCGGAGCUGCACCAGUCGCGGGGCUUCGUCCUGCGAGGCCGUCCCGACUGAGCCCUCCAUGAAUCUGUACAUCCACUCCACCACCGGCACACGCUUCGAGCUCUCCCUGCCCCAGGAGGAGACCGUGGACGGACUGAAGAGGAGGCUGUCGCAGAGACUCAAAGUACCAAGAGAGAGACUCGCUCUGCUGCACAAAGAAACGCGACUAAGUUCAGGCAAACUCCAGGAUCUAGGCAUCUCUGAUGGGAGCAAGUUAACACUUGUACCAACAGUUGAAGCAGGAUUAAUGUCUCAAGCAUCAAGACCCGAACAGUCAGUAAUGCAAGCCUUGGAGAGUCUAACUGAAACUCAGGUCAGUGACUUCCUGUCCGGCCGCUCCCCCCUCACCCUGGCGCUGCGUGUCGGUGAUCACAUGAUGUUCGUCCAGCUGCAGUUGGCGGCGCAGCAGUCCGGCGGUCCCCAGCUCCAGCACAGGCACCUCAUCACCCGGGGCAACGCAGAGACCCCAUUGGGACAGCCCACGGGGCAGCCCCGUGUCCCCCACCCUCACCCUCACCCUCACCCGCACUCCCACCACCACCCCCAUCAUCCACACAGUCACCCCAGCCCCCACUUGUCCCAGCCUCACCUGGUCCCUUCCUCCCCCUCUCCCCCAGGCUCCCCUUCCUUCCCCCUGCCAACCACGCACCACCAGCCGCUCCCUCCCAUGUACCACCAGUCGCCCUCCUCCGCUCACUGUAGCCCCCCUACUCCUCCACCCCACUCCCCUCGCCCGUCCCACAUCCCUGGAGGGCCUUUCCGCUCUCCAGCCCAUCACCACCAUCACAACCACCACUACCACCAGCCUUCCUCAAGCCAACCCAGCCACGACAUCGGCCAGGCCAGCCCUGUAGCCCCGGUCCUCUGCCCUGAAGCUAACUGCAGCCCCAACAGCCCCAACAGCCCCAACAGCCCCAACAGCCCCAACAGCCCCAACAGUGGCAGCGGUCCCUCAACACGCUCCCGCAAACCUGGCGCCAUCAUCGAGAGCUUCGUCAACCACGCUCCCGGAGUCUUCUCAGGGACCUUUUCAGGCACUUUGCACCCUAACUGCCAGGACAGCACUGGGCGUCCCAGACGAGAUAUCGGUACCAUCCUGCAGAUCCUCAACGACCUCUUGAGCGCCACACGCCACUACCAGGGCAUGCCCCCCUCCCUCACCCAGCUCCGCUACCAGACCCAGUGUGGUUCACCCACCUCCCCGUCCCCCUCGCCGCCUCCUUCGCCCCAGGUUGCUGGCAUUGGCCUCUCUGCCAAAGCUACCUCUGUGCCCGCCAGCAGCCCUAGCAGCCCUGCGCCGACUCUUCAUCCGCUGGUGCAGUGCCAGAGUCAGAUCCGCAUGUGCAAACCCCCUGGUGACCGUGUUCGUCAGACCGAGAACCGCGCAACGCGCUGCAAGGUGGAGCGCCUGCAGCUGUUGAUGCAGCAGAAGCGUCUGCGCAGGAAGGCCAGACGGGACCAGCGCGCUCCCUAUCAGUGGCUGCCCAACCGGAAGGCCGGGCGCAGCAACAGCAACAGCAGCAUGUCCAGCGAGGGCUCCCUGGACCUGGACUUUGACGACUCGGUGUGGAAGCCCGACGUUAAGGCAGACUUGAAGUCUGAGUUCGUCAUGGCCUGAAAGCGCCAGAUCCCGCACGCUGGGGAAUAGAGUCAAAGAUGUGCAAAGCAUCGCUCGGGAUUUACUUAGAGAUAUAUAUUUGAGGGAGUGGAUUGGCAGGAGGUGACCCAGAACUGUGCAAAGGUGUCUUUUGUGCAAAGAGGAAAUCAAAGUUGUCCUUGUGGCUGGCAUCUGUCACAUUAAAAACAUAAAGCUCCCUGCAGACUUUAAAUCCCAUCCGGUCCUUCACAGUUGACCUUGUGGAAAAAUGGCAACAAUAGCAAGAGGACUUUCUUUUGAUGCUUGGAUUUGGACAGGCAACAGCUAGACUUAACAGUGUACAAGACUUUUAACGGUGCGGUUACAGAGGCCGUACCUGAACUUGAGCAUAGCAGAAUUAAAUUGGUGGUGGUGGCGGUGGUGGUGGUGGUGGUGUUUUCAGAUAUUUAGUUUUUUUUUCUAAAAUUCUUUUUAAAGGGCACUCUGGACAGCAAUGAAGAGAUCCACACUGGACUUAUUAACAGGACAGGAGCACCGGAGGCCUCAGUGUUUCCUAUUCACAAGAAUGGCACAACUGCCGAACUAUGGAUUAUUCCAACGGGCAUUCUUAUCGAUCUCAAAACUCACCAACCAGAGUCUAGUUUUUACCUGUUGCGGGGUAGUUAAACUUAUAUAUAUAUAUUCUUUUCUUUUUUUUCACUUUUUUUUUUGUUUCUUUCAUUUUGAAACAUAUUAUUCUAUUUUCUAAACAAAAAAUAUGUAGCAUUGUUCACAAAGCAUUCAGGUUUUCAUAUAACAGUUCAAAGUAGUUGUUGAUUUGCACAUUUUCUUGAUUUGUAACAGCUGGUCAAAGUGUGCAAGAAGGAGGAGGUGGGGCCUGAAAUGGAAUAGAAAAUGAAUAUGGAAGUAUUGAUAUCAACCUCAGUGACAUUAGGGUAUCGAUAGGAACGAUUAACGAGUAAACAAAAUGAAUUAAUAUGAACAGAAAGUGCUUUAGAGGAAAAUCUUUAAAAUGUAUAUGGGGGGGAAAAAAACAAAUCUAUUUUUUAUCUCUCUUCCUAUCUGCUGUUUUCAAAAAACGGCAGCCCCCCCCACUGCGGCUGCAUUCAGGUUGUUAACUACCAACAAAUGCGUGCAUCCAUUCCCAAUCAUUCAUUAGCUCGUUCGUGAAUUGUAGUCGUCUAAGCCACAACAGAUGAUACAGAAAGAUAAAUUUCAUCCAGCCCACCUCAUGUCUUUCACACCUGAAUGGACUUGUGGAGGGUUUGUAUUAGUUUGUGUACAUAAAUGUGACAAUUGGCAAACGUUUAUAAGGGUGCGCGUGUAUGUUUUGACUUAAGCGUAAAUUGAUUUAGAAAUACCCCAUGUUUUCGUCCGAGUCGUUUUCUCCCAAAUAACACCAUCGUUUCUUAAAAAUCACGAAGAUCAGCUGCAGUGAAUGCAUGGGUCACUACUUUACAUCCCAACAGGAUAAAACAUCCCAACAGGAUAAAACAUAGAAAUCCUCAUAAUAAUAAUAAUUACGCUAUUUUUUAUUGGCAAAAGAGGGAGGAGUGGGAUCUGUAUCCAGCAUCAUUAUCUAGUGCCUCCACCAGUACAUCCGUUGACAUAUCAGGUUAGGCCUUUCACAGUUUUGCUGCUACACAUGGGCACUUCAAAUGGGGGGGGGGGAAAAAAUAAAAAUAAAAAAUAGUGACUUUUUCUUUGCAUGCAGAAGUGUGAAUUACACUGAUCUUUUUUCUAUUGAUGGAAGAAAAAAAUAAAUAAGAAACUGGUGCUGUGGGAAUGAAGGUUACCAACAUGCAUGAAUUUGUGAAGAAAAUAAACAAUGCUGCUUUUGUUGGUUAGGUUUUUUGUAAUUUUUGAAUUUCUUUCAAAUGUUAGAACAACGGUGUCCUGCUAAAGUAUUACGACGCAGAGCCAAAACAGAUGAAGUUAAGUGUGGACUCGCGUCUUGCUCAGCACUGAACAUUCCUGUUGUGUGACAAUGAAGAUGAUGGUGGGCAAAGAGCAACAGACUCUCUCUCUCUCUCUCUCUCUCUCUCUCUCUGCUCCCCGAGCGCUGGUUUUACCCCUCCUCCCCUCCCUCCCCGUGACUCUGAAGGACCCAGACAGCCCUCCUUUAGCCACCUCCCCUCCUUCCAGCCUGAACGCCAACCCAGGCUCGUGUGGACAAACUCUGGCAGGGAACUAACAGACCAGCGGAUUACAGUACUGUCCGUCAAGCGUCUGGUGUGUCUCUUUAUCUGUCUGUCUGUCUGACCGAUCGACCACCCUACUACCACAAUUGCACUCCCAGAGAUUGCAGUGAGAGAUUACCUUUUUUUGGUGAACCUCAUCUUUUUUUUUUUUUUUUUUUUUUUAAGUGGCCUUACCUUUCACUAAAAAAAAAAAAAAUGAGACACUUGGGGACAGACUGUUUUUUCUUUUUUGGGAUUUUUGAAACUUUCUGUGUGCAUCGUUGUCGGACUUGUUGUCAUCAAGGCGCCAUUUUUUGUCACUGAGGACACUGGGCAUCUGUUGUUUAGUGCUUUUAGCUGGUGGAGUCUCUAUUAUGUCAAGGCUUCUGUGCCUUAAAAAUGUUGCCCUUGCUGUGUCAGUGUAAGAUUUAAGCUUGUUUUCGUUGGUUGAUACACAGGACUGUAGUACUCGCAGCCAUGAGAGUCGUAGAUUUUAGGGGUGAAGCUUGUUUGAGUGAAUCCGAUACUAUUCAAAAAGUUAGUGUUGUGCCUCAAACACUGUCUUUGUCCCAUUUCUUCGUUGUGUUGCCAUGCUUGUUGGUCUCCGUUGUCCGCACCUCACGUCCCUUUUUUUUUCAAUUUUUUUACACAGUCCUCCCACCAACAAGCUGCAAAAAGCUACUAAUCUGUGUUAACUUAUGUUAACUGAGGAAGUUUAAAUCGCAGUACUUAGAUGGCAAGAAACAGCCUGAAUAAGAAAGGUCCUCUGAGGACUCCAGACUACACGCACUUCCUGCUUCCUCGGAUACAACAUUAUUAAAGGACAAUUCAUCCCCUGCCCUUCCCAAAUUUUUUAUUUAAUUUUGUUUUGUAUAUGUAUGAACUAUACUCUGUGUGUGCCUCACUUCUGUGUGAAACUCAAAAAGAUGAAACAAAACAAAAAAGAUGACAAAAGCAUUACAGAGAGGAGGAUAUGUUGGUGGAAUUCUGAUCAUUUACGUUGCCUGUUCUUUCUUGUAGCCAACUAUUGAAAAUAACAGGAUUCAAGAAUACAAUUUACAAUGUUCUAGCUCUAGACCGGUGUAGCACAUGUGUGACUGUAUUAAUUUAUGAAACCAAA